UGAACUUUAGUCUUGCUGUUGCAUAUGUAGGCCUAGUCAAUGGUUACUGAAUCCCAACACUCGGGUAUUUUUUGAGGAGUGAAAGCUGUUGGAGGAGGACUGUUUUCAUCAGUCUCAGUUCAUCCUGAGACUGAAUCCUUGAGGAGUUUUCUGUUGGUGUGGCUGUUCCUGAGACACCCAUCUUCGGAUAAUCUGCGUGAUCAUGGCAGACUUCCCGUCCAAGGUUACCACGGAAACCAGCUCCCCCAACUCCCAGAGCUCUCAGCAGGGGGGCAACAGCCUCCGAGGGCUGGCCGCUAACGUCACCAUUAUGAUGGACGGGUCCUUUAUCCGAAGCAUCCCGGCCAUCCUCAUGAUUGUUGAAAUACUUCUGGGGCUGCUCCAGUGGGCGUUGAUAGCCGGUGCCCCCUACACUUUGCUGCCAGUGUAUGGCUGGGUGAUGUUUGUGGCCGUCACUCUGUGGAUCCUCACCACAAUCCUCUUCUUCAUGAUCCUGUUCGGCGCCCAGCAAAAACUCACGUUCAUCCCCUGGCCCCUGACGGUGAUGGUGUAUUUCGCCGGAGCCACGGUCCUCUAUCUGACCGCCUUCCUGGCCAACGCAGCAUCUGUGGACCCCUUCUACAUUUCUUGGUAUCAGCGUUACUACCAACAAAUGGCAGCAGCCGCUUUCUUCGGUGCUGUGGUGACCCUGGCGUACGGGGCCAGUGCCUUCUUCUCCUAUUUGACCUGGAAGGGAGAUGGAGGAAACGCUGCCACCACAACAGUGCCGACCUAGGACUCAAUCCUGAUCCUAGAAAAUCCCCUCAAGAUACUGUAGGUGUAGGUAGUAUUACCAAUGAGAUAAAGCCUAAUCCAGACGAAAAUAUCCUAUAUUAUAUAUAUUUUUCAGUCAAACUCACUUUUACCGUAACAUUAUAAAAAGAAAUUGUACAUCAGCACUGGAUUGUCCACAUAAAAUGUACUGUAUCACAUACUACAACACAAUAUUUCUUUGAAUACUAUUGUCUAUACAUAAAUAAAGCAUACAGUGCCUUAAAUUGUUGGUAAUAUUACAGCAUAUUGGCAUACUAGCACCUCCAAGUUGUAUUUAAAAUAUGCAGCCUAUGGCCUAAUGGCAGCUAAUGGGGAUCCCAAAAAAAGAAUAAAGAAUAACCAAAUCCCCUCACCAGUACCUCUAAAGUUCAAUGAUUCAUUUGUUAUCUUUGAAAAUAGCCAGGCUAGCUGUUUCCCUGAUUCCAAUCUUUGUGCUAAGCUAUGCUAACUGGCUGCUGGCUAUGGCUUGAUAUGUAAUGCAGCCUACAGUCAUGCGAGCGCGGUGUCAAUCUUCUCAUCUGAGUCCCGGCAAGAAAGCGGAUAAUCUUAUUUCCCAAAAUGUCAAACUAUCUCUUUGAAGUAAGGUCACCCGACUAUCGAAGAAGACCUUACGAUGCAAAAAAAGUGAUUUGAACUGCAGAGUGAACACAGUUAUUUGUUCACAUUCUGAAUGCCAUACUCUAACAAAUCUUAAUAGUAAAAUACUAUUGUAAAAUAUAUAAAUUACUUUUAUACUAUGGGAGUAAAGUAACAAUAUCAGUGUGAACGGCUCUAAAAGGGGGUUCUUUGGUCAGUCAUUGAUGUAAAGAUCAGAUAUUUGAUUUAUAUAGAGUGCAUUUGCCUUUAUGAAAUGAGUUUGUUUUUGUACCAAGAAUUUAAAUACUUGUGAAAUCCUGUGGGGC